AUGGCUGCCGGCCACGCUGUCAACAGGACAAUAGAGCGCGGUCUGACGUUUCUCCAGCUCUGGGCUCAAGCUAACGGCGUCAAGCUGUCGCGACUAGCGACCGUUGACGUUGACGGAAACUUGUCCCGAAUCGCGUCGGUCAACGUUGACGGAGACGAACGCUCGUCGCUUCCCGCAACGACCACAUUCUUCAGUGUUCCGUUUACACUUCCAAAUCCGAACAUCACGUGGACGGAUAUCUAUCCGGAAUGGAUAGACGAAUCACGGAACUCCUCCUGUCCGGAAAUCCCGGAACCAGACUGGUUCGCAGACGACUUCGAUCAAGCAGGCGCGGCGAGAGACGGCCAAAGUCCCGUUGGCGAAGUCACUAGUAGUGCAGCGGAGCACUCCCAGAGAUCCCCGUUAGUGGCGCGCUCGUUAUUGGGGUCGUUCGACGGCGUGGUCGCAUCGCUGCCGUGCGAGUCGCAGCCAGCGGAUUCAUGGGCGAGAGACGUGCGGUGGCACCACCUCAUGCUGACGGCUGGCCGGCUGGUUACCAAGUCCACGUCAGCAAUGACGCCAGUUCUACUGUUCACAGAGUGCCGACCGCCGCCGAAUCUCUUCCACUGCCGCGAUCUGGUGAUGCACGAAGGGCCAAUCUGGCUCUACCACGUGGCACCUGCCGCCAUGCGGGAGCGUCUGCAACCAAUCGGAUCGUGCCAGCUAGCGCACCCGACGACCUUUGCGGAAAGGGGAACACCGAAAGGGCGGGUCGCAGCGCGGAGAAUAGGAGAAGCGCGCGAAGAGGAACUGGCGGGGGGGCGGCGGGAAGCGCGAGGUUCGGCGCGGCAAAUACUGGAAUCGCGGACACCCCAAGGGACGCCGCGAACGGCAGCGCAAUUAGCGGCGCCGCGGGGAGCGCCGCGAGUGGCGUACGCGUCGGUGCUGCACACGACAGAAGACUACGUGUGCGGCGCGAUCGUGCUGGCUAGGAGCCUGAGGAAGAGCGGCACGAAGGCGGACCUGGUGCUGCUGGUGUCGCGGGAAAUCAGCCGCAAGAGCCGCACGGGACUGAAGAAGGCGGGGUGGCGGCUCAAGGAGAUCGAGCGGAUUCGUAACCCGCGCGCCGUGCCGAAUACUUAUAACGAGUGGAACUACAGCAAGCUGCGUCUGUGGCAGCUGGAGGAGUACGACAAGGUCAUAUUCGUCGACUCAGACAUCCUCGUUUUAAAGAACCUCGAUUUCCUUUUCAGCUACCCGGAGCUCUCGGCCCGCGCCAACGCGCGCCACCUCUUCAACUCCGGAGUAAUGGUUCUAGAACCCUCCAACUGCACCUUCAAUCUCUUUAUGAGCCACGUCACCACCGUCACCUCCUGCAACGGCGGCGAUCAAGGCUUCUUGAAUAAUGUUUUCGCGUGGUGGCACCGGCUGCCCGAGUCGGUCAGCAUGCUGAAAUACUCCUGGAACGGGGACGACGGCGCGGGCGGGACGGCGCAGCGGGCGGCGAAGCGGGCGGCGCAGCAGGCGGCGCAGCGGGCGAUGCUGGACUUGGUGUUUUCAGCUGACCCACCGCGGGUGCAUGCGAUUCACUACCUGGGGCGCAAGCCGUGGCAGUGCUACCGCGACUUUGACUGCACGUGGCUGUACCCGUGGGACCACCAGUACGUCAGCGACGCCGCCCAUGCCCGCUGGUGGGCCAUGCACGACCAAAUGCGGCCAUCUCUGCAGGAAUACUGCUGGCUGCCCAACAGGUGCGUCCUGGGCUCCCACUGCUGUGUGUGGGCGCGUGUGGAUGGGUGA